UCAUCAUCAUCAUCAUCAACACUCGCAUUAAUUUCCAGUUAACAAAAAGCACAACAAACAGAUACUACAAUGGCGAUCAAGACCAUGGUGAUCCUCGCCCUUCUCCUUGCUGCAUUCCUCCUCGUAGUCGCAGCAACUAACGAACAAGUUGAACCUGAGCAUGACGGCGGCAGAGGCGGAAAGGGAGACUACCAGCGUGGAGGUGGAAAGGGAGACUACCAGCGUGGAGGUGGAAAGGGAGACUACUACUGCCGCCACUGGUGUGGCCACCGCUGCUGCAGAGAUGCUGCCGAGAAGGCCGAGUUCGAUGCUCAAGUUCAACCCCAGGGCCACGGCGGCGGCUGCCGCCACUGGUGUGGCCACCGCUGCUGCAGAGAUGCUGCCGAGAAGGCCGAGUUCGAUGCUCAAGUUCAACCCCAGGGCCACGGCGGCGGCUGCCGCCACUGGUGUGGUCGCCACUGCUGCAAAGACGCUGCCGAGAAGGCUGCCUUUGAUGCUCAGGUUCAACCCGAGAGCCAACAGAAAUACGGCUGCCGCCACUGGUGUGGCCGCCACUGCUGCAAAGACGCCGCCGAGAAGGCCGCCUUCGAUGCUCAGUCCCAGACCCAAAACUGAAGGAAUUAGCCAUAGCUCACAGAACAUGCUUCGUCAAUAAUAUCUCUUCCUCAUAUAUGCAUAUAAUUAUGUACGUAUUGUAUUAUACGUAUGACUCAAUAAUUUGUGUGAGAGAGAUGAUUAGUCGUCAUCUCUCUGCAUGCAUGCUCCUGUAGUGUGUGCCUUCUUGCAGCCAACAUGCAAUGUUAUCAACCUUUUAAUAAA